UAUAAUGAGAAUCAAUAUAGAUUUUACCAACAAAUACCAUUGGCUAUUAUUUACUUAUUAGCAAACUUCUCACAUAAUGGCCUUUUCUCCCACAAAUUUCUUUGAAUUAACCAUGUCCAGAAGCCAUAUCAUUAAACUUUUUCUUCUUCAGUGCCUAUUCAUUCUACUGUGUCUUCCUCGUUUAGGAUUUUGUGCAGAAACAGACAGUAUUACAAGAAAUCUUGUCCUAAAAGACCCCGACACCAUAUCAUCAAGAGGCAACGUUUUCAAAAUGGGAUUCUUUUCCCCUGAUAAUACCACCAAGAACCGCUACUUUGGUGUAUUUUACAGCGUUUCUGAAUCAACGGUGAUAUGGGUUGCCAACAGGGCCAACCCAAUUCCAGAUUCUUCCGGCAGCAUAACGAUAUCACGAGAUGGAAAUAUCGUACUAAUGAAUGGAGAAAGUGAGAUAGUUUGGUCAUCAAAUGUUACGACCUCUUCGGUUAAUGCCAGUGCCCAGCUUUUGAGCACUGGAAAUCUUAUUCUGCGAGAUAAUUCAAGUGGGCGUACGUUGUGGGAGAGUUUUGGACAUCCGUCCAAUAAUUUUGUGCCCACUUUGAGGAUAAUUGAUAACAUAAAUACAGGUAAUAAGGUGGUCGUGUCCUCAUGGAAAACCCCGACGGAUCCGGAAGUUGGAAAUUUCACAGCGGGUCUCCAAGCUCUGAGUGUUCCUCAAAUUUAUACAUGGAAUGGGAAUCGUCCACACUGGCGAAGUGGUCCAUGGAAUGGGCAGAUUCUAAUUGGUGUGCAAGAUAUGUAUUCUGUUUACCUGGAUGGAUUCACUGUGGUAAAUGAUUCUUCUGGAACGUUCUAUUUCACUGCGCCAGAGGGAAAAUUCUUGAUGAGAAUUAUGUUGAAUUCGACGGGAAGUUUGGUUCAGACGUUGUGGAAUGGUCAGACGCAGAACUGGGAUAUUACAUGGUUGGCACCUCAACAAGAAUGUGAUGUUUACGGGACUUGCGGGCCAUUUGGGAGUUGCAAUGCUCUGACUUCGCCUAUUUGUUCUUGUCUAAGAGGGUUCGAACCAAAUAAUUCCGAGGAAUGGGGAAGAGGAAACUGGUCUGGUGGAUGUGUCCGGAGCAAACCAUUGCUUUGUGAUCGAAAUAAUAAUACAAGCGGUGGUGGCAAAGAAGACGGAUUCUUGAGGCUCCCAUUUAUGAAAGUGCCGGAUUUUGCUGAACAGGGACCCUCUAGCUCGGUAGAGGAAUGUAGAAGUCUCUGCUUGAUGAAUUGUUCGUGCAUAGCCUAUGCACGCGACACGAAUCUUGGUUGUAUGUUCUGGAGCCAAGAACUGAUUGACCUACAGCAAUUUUCUAACGUUGGUGAAGAUCUUUACAUUCGUCUAGCUUCUUCAGAACUAGAUGGGCACAAAGACAAAAAGCUUAUUAUUAUAAUUCCAAUAGUUGCGGGUUCGGUUGCCAUUUUGAUUUGCAUUUUCAGUUAUUGGUGGUUGAUGGCUAGGCGAAAAGCCAAAGGAAAAUUAGAUGCAAAGUUGUAUGAAGCUAGGCAAACGUAUCCGUCAGAUUCGGCUGGAAUAGUGAUUAAAGAUGAUAUGGAUAAAGUUAAUCUUGAAGAAUUUCCAUUAUUCACGUUCGAGACUGUUGCAAAUGCCACAGACCAAUUCCAUGAUGACAAUAUGCUUGGAAAGGGUGGUUUUGGUCCUGUUUAUAAGGGUAAAUUGGCAGAUGGAAAAGAAAUUGCAGUGAAGAGGCUUUCAACAGCAUCUGGGCAAGGAAUGGAAGAAUUUAUGAAUGAAAUGGAUGUGAUUUCCAAAAUCCAACAUCGAAAUCUUGUAAAAUUACUAGGAUGUUGUGUCGAGAAAGAAGAGAAAAUUCUUAUUUAUGAGUACAUGCCUAAUAAAAGCUUAGACGUGUUUCUGUUUGAUCCUUCACAUCCAUCACAGAAGAUUCUCGAUUGGAAGAAACGUUUUAGUAUCAUUGAAGGUAUUGGGCGAGGCCUUCUCUAUCUUCACAGGGAUUCUAUAUUGAAGAUAAUCCAUAGAGAUUUGAAACCAAGUAACGUGUUGCUGGAUGAGGACUAUAAUCCAAAGAUUUCAGACUUUGGAAUGGCAAGAAUAUUUGGAGGCAACCAAGAUCAAGCCAACACUGGAAGAGUCGUAGGAACAUACGGAUACAUGGCGCCAGAAUAUGCAAUGGAAGGAAGAUUUUCUGAAAAAUCUGACGUCUAUAGUUUUGGCGUUUUGAUGUUAGAAAUCGUGAGUGGGAAAAAGAACACCAACUUCUACAAUCAUGAAUGGUCAUUAAGUCUUUUGGGUUGGGCAUGGAAAUUAUGGAAUGAAGACAACGGUCCAACCUUCAUAGAUCAAACAAUAUACAAAGCCGAAUUCCAGGGAGAGAUGGUGAGGUGCAUUCACAUUGCACUAUUGUGCAUACAAGAAUUCCCUAAUAGCCGGCCUACAAUUUCGACUGUUCUUGCAAUGCUCAGUCGAGAAAUUGUCGAUUUGCCUGUGCCGGAGCAACCGAUUUUUGCUGAGAAGUGGAACCGUUCUCAUGUCACCUCUUCCGGGAUGGGAGUCUCCAUUAACGAUGUCACUAUUACAAUGCUUGAUGGACGAUGAUUUCGGACUUCUUUCGCACUGUUUUAAUAAAUCCUCAAAGUUACCUAAGUUUUCUAUUUCCAUAUGCUACAUAUAAUAGUUUGUUGAAAUUAGAUUGUUUAUGUGCAAUAAUCAUGAGUUAUGUUCGUCCAAUUAUAUGAGAUUGAGACGGGUUACUUGCAUUUUACAGAAUAUCAAUUUAGUGUGAAAAAUAUAUCUUCCAAUUAUAUAUGAAAUUGAGAUGAGGUUACUUGCAUUCUAC